GCCAUGAUGGGUCAGAUGAACGUGGUGCCCGUCCUUGGGAAGUCCUUCAACGAGGACUUCCCUGUCAUGAUCGUCGUGCUCGUGCUUUGCAACCUUUUAAAUGUGUAUUCAAAGAUCGUUCAAACGUGCGGUUUGGAGUCCUUGGAGUUUGAUGGGUCUAUGGCCCCCGAUACCACGGAGGUUGCAGCCGAGGGUCGUCGCCUCGUGGAGCGCGAGCGACGGAAGCGCUCUGAGGAUCGCAGUUUACAGCUGGAGCUGAACGAGAGGCACGAUGAGUCGCGGUACAUCCCGCUCCGUGUGCAGAUCGCCCGGCUCAUCGAAGAGGGAACGCUUCCCCAGGGGAAAAUGUUGCCCGUUUAUCUGGCAGGGCAUCGGAAUCCGGGCUCUUGUCGCCGGAGGAAGAAUGUGUGCAAGGGCGAGCUGCCGAUGUCAAGUCCUGAGAACACGGGCCUGCGCUGUAAAGUGACGUGUGAUCGCGAGAAAGUUGUUGUGACACCUCCACGGCCGCUCAGGAUCCUGGCAUUCCGAGAUGCCAUUACCAAGCUGGGCCGACUGUGUGCGGUGAAGCGAACAGGCGUUCGCUCAUCGCUGGUCACUCAGCGGGCCCUGGUGACUCUGGACUGGCCGAUGUCUUGCUACGCGACCUUGCAGGUGGACUGGCUGGACUUUGCGGGGCCAGUGGUGAAGGGCCACAUUUGGAUCCCAGAGUCUGGCGUCGUCUUGGGACGUGAGGCCUGA